AUGCAGAUCUUGAAGCAUGUUCAAGUUCGGUUCAGUCUAAACGCUAGUCAUGCUCUCCCGAGUACUUGCACUCAUUGCUGUACUAUUAUACAGGCAACAUUCAUCUAUCGGAGUGGUCGUCUCGUUAAACAUGGCAUCUUCACUCUUCAUGCACUACCCCCGUCAUACUAUGUAAAUGGCGAUGUCCAGACACACUGCACAAUUCUUCAGGAGCCAGCCCAUACCCUUGAUUACUGUGAAGAUAUGACCUUUUGGGACCACCUGGAUGCAGAGGGCGCUGUGACUGCCCGUUUUGUUAUUGCGGGGUGUGACCCCAACCGCAAGGCAUGGAACACGGUCAUGGGCCCCCUGCGCAAUCCCGAACCAAGGGCCUACCUUUGGCUGCGUAUUGAGUUGGAUGAAUACCCGGAAGGACAUGACUUCCACCCACUCGGGCUAGAGAUCACGCCCUCUCAGGAUGGGGCCCCAUCUGUUCUUUAUGUAGUCAAUCACGCACGCGAAGAGACAACGAUCGAGCACUUUACCAUUUCACCAGAUACCCCAACUCAUGCACUCUGGCAACGCACACUUUCAUCGCCUUGGUUUGUGUCUCCUAAUGCAUUGGCCAUCACCAACGAGACGUCAUUCUAUGUCAGUAAUGACCAUCUCAUGACUCGUCGACUUCCUUUCCCCCUUGCACCUGCCCUGCCGCUGAUUGAGAGUGUUGCUGCACUGCCCCUAGGCUGGCUUGCACAUGUCACAGUUAAUCCUGAUGGCACAGUCACGCACGAAAUAGCCGCUCUCGGUGUGGCCUUUGCCAAUGGCGUCGCCAUCUCCCCAGACGGCACGACUCUCGCACUGUCUUCUACUUCUCUCGGUCAAGUCUACUUCUACGACCGCGACGUAGCUACAAAUGCACUCAAAUACCGGGAGACCGUUAACCUCCCCUUCUUCAACGACAACAUCAUGUUUGACGAGGAGGGCACCCUGAUCGUUACGGGGCAUCCACAUUUCCCGUCUCUCAUUGCCGUCGCUGCCAAUAAAACAGAUGCGCGCGCACCAAGUUGGGCCGUCUCGCUCACUCCUAUUUCAAAAAAAACCCAUUUUGCGAAGAGCGCACAUGCGGCGGAUAGGAAAUAUGAUUUACGUGCGCCAUUGUCGGUAUCAGAAAUUGUCCCCGCUAGUGAAAGAUGGGAGGUAGAAACACUGUUCCAGAGCGAUGGAAGUGUAUUUGGAACAUCCUGCACGACGCUGAGGGAUUCGAGGACUGGCUCACUGUACAUGGUGGGUCUGUACGAGGAGGGAUUAAUGGUUUGUAGGCCAUAG